AUCAUCUUCAACAUCACACCUCGAGAAGCAUCAUCUUCACCUUCUCAGAACCGUUUGUCAACUGGUACAGCAUUCCACACCACACAGCCAAAACUGCCAGCGAUCUCCCUCGCCCAUCAUGGACCCAACCCCCCAACCCGCCUCGACAUCGAGCACAUCGACUUUCCUCUCCUCCCACUACCUCUCCACGAUCCCCCCCGACUCGAUCAACGACCUCCAAUCGUUCCUCGACGAUCAACGACGAGCCGAACAGGAAGCUAGAGAAGCGAUGCCUUUCCAGACGGGAGAGUGUAGUUGGGAAAGAGGGUAUGUGAAGCAGAGCGUCUGGGCUUGUCGAGACUGCGAUGGAAAAGGCGUCUGUUACGGUUGUUCCAUCUCGUGUCACGCCGAACACGACCUCGUCGAGCUCUUUCAACGACGGAAAUUUCGGUGCGAUUGUCCGACAUCAAGCAGGCCCAGCACGGAUCACUCUUUCCUUUCUUCCUCCUCUUCUUCCUCAACCACGGCCAAACAACCUCAAUUAUCAGCACAAACGACCAAACCCCGCACGCUGUGUACCCUUGUCCCAAACUCUGCAUCAUCGUCACCGUCACCGCAUCCUCCCAACACGCACAACCGAUACACCCGCAAUUUCACCGGUAAAUUCUGCAGGUGUCCCAAGGGGGAGACUUAUGAUCCCAUGGAAGAAGAAGAGUCCAUGGUCGUCUGUCUGGGUUGCGAAGAAUGGUUCCACGAGGGAUGUCUGAACCUGUAUGAUCCUUCUAAACCGCCCCCUUCUGAUCCGGAGGAGGAGGUCGACCAGCCUCCGAAUACUAGUACCAGCACUACCGCCGUGUCGGAUAUGAUCCCCCCAACCAACCCCGCCCAGCCUAUCAAAAACACAGACCCGACCGCGACUACAAGCAUAGUCACCCGCACAAACAACCCGGCCUUAUUACGCCCAGACGCCUACGCUCAUCUGGUCUGUAGGGACUGUAUAACGAAACACCGGGUGACGAGACGAUUAGCGGGUACGAGGGGGUGGAUGAUGAUCCUACCCAAAGCCCGCACGCCUGGACAAGAUGCGGUGGCACAGGGCGGGGAGUGGGCGGACCGGUGGGAGGUCGUUGGACUACCAGACGUACGGGAUCCGGAUGCGGGCUCGAGAUCGGGCGGGAAUACAAAGGCGGAUGAGGGGUCUGAGGGUGUCAAAGACGUGACCGGCGCCAAGAGGAAAGCCAAUCAGGAUGCAGCCGAAGCAGAAGGGCAAGAGACGAAACGGCCCAGACUAGAACCCACGUCUAGCCCAGCAGAAGGAAAGUCCCGGCAGACCCGCUGUAUCCUCCCCGACCCGGUCGAACGCGCUCAAAAGGCCUUGGACCCGUCCAACGACAAAGCCAGCGGGUAUCCGGACGGACAAGGCGAUGUAUUUCUAAUCGAGGGGGAGAGGGAAAAGUUGGCAGGGUACCUCCAGUGCGGGUGUGAGGCUUGUCAACUUCAACUUCAUCGUCGACGUGCGGCAGGGGAGGAAGAGGAAGUGCCGUUUCCCCUAUCCGAGGAGGAUGAGGGGGAGGUGUAUGAGCCUCCGAGAGAGGAAGAGGAGGAUGGGCCGGAAGAAACGAUCGACGAGAUGACCGCCAAGGCAUUGAACGGCCUACCGCGGUCUCAAGCGAUCGAGACGAUGAUCAAGUUCAACGAGAUGAAGGACAACCUCAAGGUCUUUCUCGAGGGUUUCAGGGGGACCGACAAGGUCGUCAAAGAGGAAGACAUUCAGCUGUUUGUCGCUGGGAUGAGGGAGCGGGCCGAGAAGAGAUGAUUAAAAUGAGAAUGAGGACGUUGAUGAAGAGGAAGAUGAAGCUCGUGACACGAAGCGACCAUACGACGACGGGGUAGCGAGGACGACAGUCAAAUCGGUCCGUGCGGUGUAUUGUAUCUAUAUCAUAUGUAGCUUUGCGAGAUGAUACCCUUUUCUUGUAUGACGAUCCGCCGAUGUUUGCAC